AGCGCCGACUGCCGUCUUCACUGGAUCGCUAUGUCGAGAUGAGUGUUAUAUGUCAGUGUUGAGUGUAUUGUGAGUGUCAAAAAUGGCGGGAUACUGUGCUUGUUUUAUAUACGCCUUAUUUUUAUUAUCCGUCACAUGUGAAGAAAUCAACGACAAUGAAUCAAUAGAUGUAUCAAGAGUAAAAAGAGAAGGGGUUCCGGAGAACAGGGCAUUUAAUACAAAUGCUAUAGUCUAUGACAACUCGCCAUGGAGACCGGGAAGAGAUGUGGAACCGGAAAGAGGUGAAGAUGAAAGGAAACUAAAAAAUCUAGCUACCAGAAUUAUGUCCAACGGAGUAGAGGUUUUGGUUAAGGACAGAAGCGCAGAGGAGAAACAGGAACAGACAAGAUACUCGGACGUGAAAACAAUACAACCUUCAGCAGUUAGCAAUAGUUUCGUAAAUAAUAAUCCUAAAAUUGAUAAGAGAAUUGACGAUGAUCAUAAUCAUUUUGAUCUGAUAGAGCCGUCAGAGAUGAGUCAUACUUCAUGCUCGACCUCUUGUACGUGCAGUCAUAUACAAACAGAAAGUUUAAAAACCAAAUACACAAAUGUUAAAUCACAAAUAGGUCAAGCAAUGGAUAAAACUACAAUGAAGAGCACGAAAUAUAGCGGAACGAAAAUUGAUGUACCGCCUACCCAUCUUUCAUCAUACGAUCAUACAAAGUAUCAUCCUUACGAAUAUGAAACUAGUUCACACGGACCACCUACUGAUAAAGUUGUAGAAAAAUACACACAAGUUACUGAUUACUCUGAUGAAAAUGAUAGUAAUUCAUUGGACAUGAGCGAUUUGCUUACUAAUGAACAAGCUCCUGAACCACCGAAAACUAAAAGCACAACAUCAAAACCACCAGAAAAAAGCAAACCUGAUAAGCCUCAGAAAGUUAAUAAAAACAAGUUUGUUGUGGCUGAACUUAUAAAAUUAGGUUCACUGGGAAUAAAAGGUUUAUCACAAUUAGCACCUGUAAUCGAAAAAAUGACCGGUGGAUUCAUGAGACGGCAGGAAACAAAUAGAACGACUUCUACCACAACUACAGUGAAACCGAUAAAUAAAGUAGUAGGUUACAGUGCUAAUAAGAGAGUGGAUAAUGAGGUAGAAUCUAAACACAAUAAUUUUCCAAUAUAUAUUCCUGUUGAUGAAAUGGAAAUGGCAGAAUCGCAGAUUGGUUACACUAAUGUUACAUUGCAACAAAAUAUUGCAUGGGCUGCAGACCAUAAAAAUUCUAAAGUAAAUCUUAUGAAAUCUAAAAUAGUGCAUGAAAGCCCUUUAGUUAAUGGAGGUAUACCUAUAAGUCCAGGGGAAAUAAUUACCACCAAUUCUGAUGUAAUUGUGGGAAAGCCUGCAGUUGGAGGUCCAGUAUCUUUAGUAGGCACUGGAAUGAAGUUACAAAAUCAGGCACAGGCCCCAGACAAUGCCGUUGCACACAGUGAUAUGUAUAGCAUUAAAGAGAAACCUCUAAAUGAUUACCCUAUGGUCGGUACAAAAAUUGACGAUUCCUAUGAUUUAAGGCCACCAGAGUUACCCAAGCCUAAUGCAAUGGUAAAUAAAAAUACAAUACGACCACACGGAGCUCAUUUUUCUCCACCUAAUAUUCAUAUUCCUUUACGGAACUCUGGAAAUCUAUAUAAAUCUAGCGAACAUAGUGGUCAAAUAAGUUAUAGUAAGGAUAAAUCACCCAAUUUAGUUUAUCAUGGACGUCCAUCUAUUUUAGAUUAUAAACCAUCUUUCACAAAUAGUGUGAAAAAACCUUUUGAAAAUAAAUCAACAAAUAAAGAAAACGAUCAACAAGAAAUACCUGAUAAUAAUCCUAGCUCCUCAGAAAUCGUCAGUACUCACAUUAUGACGGAUGGACAAGGCACCGAUUUCGAAAUUGUAGGUGCAAUGAAUAAACCUUUAUUAGUCGAUAUACAGCCUUCAAAAGUUGCUAAUGUACUGAUACCUCAUGGCAGUUCAACCGCACUAGUAUUUGCGGGAUCUGCAGAGCCCCAUAAAACUGGUGAUUAUGUUGAUGAUCCUUUACCAUAUCCAGAACCUGGUUAUUUUGGAAGUUUUAGCAUAGAUGCACCUCAUAUGACAAAUGUACAUAAUGUUGUUGUAAACAAAAACCAAUUUGUGCUGAAACCUAAUGGGCCUACAACAGAUCGGUAUACAAAUGACGGUAAUUUUAAUUUUAAAAAUAGCAAGACUAAUACCGAUCAAAAAUUCAAUUGGGUCGACAUUAAGCGCCCUAAGGACCUAACUCAAAGUAGUCCCCCACAAACAAGCAAUCAAGUAAAUCACGCAAAACUUCGACCACAAUUAACAACAUACAAUCCAGAAAUAUACAAUGGCAACUUUGAUAAAGUUGGUCAAGUUAAAAAUAAUCCAAAGGAAGGCAAUGAUGUCAUCGAUAAAGAAUAUGAAAAUUAUCUUGCUGUACCGCCUCCACCACCUAAAAGACAUUUUAAUCACGAUAAUCGUUACGAUAGUAGCAAACCUUCUCUUCAACGACCAAAUAAGCUUCACUCAAAACCAAUUCAAGAUGGUAAUGUUUAUGUUAACAUUCAACAUCCAGUAACGAAUCAACUUCCUCCAAAAAUAACUUCGGAAAUUUAUUUUGCUUCACAAUUGCCCAGCAGUCAACCUACUCCCACUUACAAUCUUAAAAUACCAUAUCCAAGCAGCAAUCCUUCUACAGUGCCUAAGAGUAAUCAUUCUCCCAAACAGGGAGCUCAAACUUAUUCCAAGAAUACCCACCAACUUACAACUUCUAGUUUUCCUAAUAGAACUUUGAGUAGCAGUAAUAAAGAAAAUACAUAUACUAUAACCCUCAAUACAGCUACUAAUGUGGCAAGUAAGCCAGGACAUGUAUUGGGUUCAAGUAUCACAGUACCCAUAACAACUACUUCUGACAAUGGUCAAAUAAAUGCAAAUAUUCCAAUUGGUACCAAUUUUGCUAUAAGAGUAGAAGAUGAUCGAGAUAAAUAUGAGAGUGUAGCUCUUCAUGGCAAGAUACAUCCAUCACUUCUAGGUGAAGACAAAAAUUAUGGACCAAGUGGAAAUAAUAACAGAUAUAAAGUAAAUUAUUCAAUACCUGGAUCGAAUGUGACUCAAAUCGUGGGACAAAAAUACAACAAUGAUAAUACCAAAGUUACAAUAAAGGAGCAUGACAAUAAAAAUGUUGGUCAGUUCACUUCACCAGUAAUAAAUAGUCACGCCAAUUUUCCAAUGACAAACGAAGAUGCAAAUUCAAAUGUCCAAAGAAAGCAAAUAAUAAAUAAAGGAGAGAAAUCUCAGACUAAUGUUCACGAAGGAUUGUCAAACCUAGUACCAAACCUUUCAACGAAUUCUCAUGGUUGGUAUUCAAGUAUUUUUAAAGACGAUAAUGUAAAAGAUAUAAACAUUGAAACGAGUACGAGAAAAGUAAUUCCCUUAAAUUAUGAUAUAAAUAGUGACGAUACACCAUAUUUCGGAGAAAAAAUAGCGACGGUUGGAAAACCUCCCUCAGAAUACUGGGGGAAUAAACAUACAAGCAAUAAUUUCAUAGUUGGAAAACCUUUUGCAAAACCAACAUUAGACAACAAUUCAAAAAAUGUUCAACCAAGCAUAAAACCGAAUUUAAUACCUGCGAUAUAUGGGGUUAAGCAAACAGUAUACGAUAUACCAAUUAGAGAUGAUAAAAAUGUAUCUUCAUUAACACAAACUUCCACACCUGCUACACCCUUUAAACAAAUAUAUGAAACAGCGGAUGAAAUAUAUGAUGGUGAAGAAGAAGUUGAUCUCAAUAGUGAAAUCGAUGGUGAAGUUAGUUCAGAAUCCAUGAAAGUUCCGAUAAUUAGUACACCAAAGGAAAGAGUGAACAUGACAUUUGAUUCCACGCAAUUUGCAGACACUUCAUCGAAAUCUCAAAAUAAUGCCAGUUAUUUAGUUAAUUUCAAUCCUGGAACGCAGACUGAAAAACCGUUCAGAGGUCUCAAUAAGACUUCUUUUCAUUCAAAUAAUAUUAAUCCAAUAUACAAUACAAAUUAUUAUUCAAAACCAAAACCAUUUGCAAUGAAUACCAUGCCUUUAGACCACCAAUUGCAACAACCACAUUGGCAAAUUAAUCAGUUAAUGGAAAAUUCAACUAACGUUUCAUAUGAAGAUAUAGAAGAAGAAAUACACUCACCAUUCCCUGGUUACUUAAAUUCCACAAAGCAAUCGUCACACUCAAAAGAGUCAGGUUCUAGAUAUGGAAUCAUCCGAAAUUCGACAGUUACUUUAAAUAACAGUGGAAAAAACAAUAAAUCAAAUAUAAUUACAUCUGUUGUUCAUAUUCAUGAUCAGAAACCAUUAGUGGUGGAAAAAACCACUUCUCCACCCCCAUUAGGAGUAAUGGUGAAGAAUGAAGUUUACAAUAAAUCUGUUGAAGUUAUCGAUUUGUCACCGCCACCACUCAUAAGCACCACCGAUUAUAAAUUGAAACCAACUAUGAAUAAUGAUGAGAUAAUGGGCAUGAGUCCUCCUACUCCUCCAUCAAGACAUCCAACAAGAGUUCCCCAAACAUCAAGGCCUGUGAUUCCUAUUAGAACACCACCCCCUUAUAGAAAUGUACCUCAAAGAACCUUACCACCAAGACAAACAACACCUAGACCAUUAAGAAAGCCUGCAAAUAGAGAUGAAGUAUCGACGUACCGUCCUGCAUUCGAUUUUAAUAAAGGGAUACGACCCAUGUUCAAUUAUGAUCAACCUUCGUCUCCAUUACUACCACCUCCGAGAGAAUCUCCAUCAAAAGUAAUUAUUAGAGAAAACAUUCCAAAAUUAACAUCUACACUUCCUUCUGCAAGACCUGUAGUUUUCCCAACCCCUGUAUCAUCAGGUUGGUUAACUUCAUCGAAUAUUGGAUUUUCAUCGAGCUUUAACUUUGCGCCAACAUCGGUUUACUUCCCAAGUAGUAUUUCACAGUCGGGUGUUAUUAACGUCCCUGAUACCUUAUCAACAGAAACACAAUCAGAAGAGUCAUAUGAUUCCAGUGAAUAUGAAUCGUCUCUAGAGUCUGUUAAUAUUAGUAAUGAAAACAGUUAUGAAACUAAAAAUAAUGACACAAACAAUUUGAAUACGACAAGGUUUACUCAAAGCACUACUGAAAAUAAUAAGUCUGUGACAUCAGGUAAUAAUCAGAAUCAUCAGACUUCAAAUAUUGUGAAUUUGGAAUUAAGCGAAGAACAUCCUAGCACAGAAAAAAGCAUAAUUGUUUCUUCGGGAAUCACAAAUAGAACUCGAAAACCUUACCCAUUCAAUAGUGAUAACAAGAAACUAAGUACCAAUAAGUUUAAAUAUCCGUCUAAAACUAGUGUUACAAUCAGGCCAACCAAAACUUUACAUCGUCCAGAGUUAGCACCAACAAGAAAAACUUCAAUCCGAAAAAUUGUACGACCAUUACCUUCUAAAAAUAUACUACCAACUAAUAUUAUAGAGAGUUCUGAAUCGAUACUUGAAGAUGAUUUUAUGUUUGGUCCAACUCAAGUACUCCAAGAAACUAAUGUUCAAACUAAAGUGCCAGAAAUAGUUUCUCUAAUCGAAAAGACCGUGACAUCAACUGUAACUUUAAGAGAAGAAACGUCGAAUACUCAUUUACAUUCGGUUCAUCACUCCGGUAACGAAAUAAAAAUAUCAGAUGAGAUUAUACCCACUAAAACAGAAUUCAAGACAACGAUAAUCACUUUAACGAAAACACUAUCGGAACCACCCCAGACUAUCUCCAGCUUUAGUUACUUAAAUUUGACGCAUACUUUAACCGUAACACAUACUAAGACGAGCUUAGUUAGUCAGUCGGAAGGAGCCGUUACUGAAACACUGGUUCUUACGAAUACACAUACUUCUACAGUGGUAGAUGUUGUGACCGAAAUAUUCACUCAAGUUCAGCCUACUACUAUAGUUGAAACAGUAACUAAACAUAUUCCCGUUCAAAUUAAAGUUGAACCGACUUCCGUAAUAAAUUCUAUUCCAAACACCAAGAUUGUGGCCCUAGAUGAUAUAUCUAUGUCUUCAGAAGAAAGAGAUAACUUUAUAAUCAGAGAUGAUGAUGUCACAGAAAAUAUACAAAAAAUAGAAGCCGAGGAAGAGAAAGACAAUGACACAUUCUUUGUAGUUAUGAAUAAAUCACAAAAUGGUGGCAAGUCACCUCCUAUUAACACUGAUAUAGACGCUGGUGAUUAUGAUGGGGUCACGAGGAACGAACAAGUCACUAACAACGGAGUGUCACAGGUGCUGUUUGGCGAAAUAUUGCUGGCGGGAACGCCAUAUCUAGAAACGACUAACGUUGUUCAUCCAACAGGAUACGGAAAAGAAUGUCAACCAGAUUGUAAGGCUUCGAGAAAUGAAAGAUGCCAGAGGAUCGAUAGUGUUAUGAAGUGCGUGUGCAGACCAGGCUUCGCUAGAAUGUUCCCAGAUCGACCGUGUAAACCAACGUAUACGUACUCCGUAAGAUUAGGACUGGGGUCUAGAGAUAACAAGGUGCUCAAAUUCCAUAAAAAUCUAUCGGACAAUUCUACUAAAGAAUAUGAGAGUUUGUCAUUGGCUACUCAUGAAGGAAUAAAUCGAAUGAUUAUGCAAUCAGACUUAAGGGAUGUUUAUCACGGAGUCCACAUAACAGGAUUCCAUCCUAUUGAGAUGAGAACAAAAGACGGAGCCUAUCAGGGUGUUAUCAAUGAUUUCUACGUCCAGCUUUCCGAUAACGCCCAUGAAAGUAGACUGAAGGAAGUCAUAGAGAAAUAUCUACGGAAUAAUAACUAUAGCCUUGGUGGAACAGAAGUUUAUGCAUCUGAAGAAUUUAUUGAAAGCCUUAAUGUCAGCGAUUUCGACGAAUGCACGAGCACUCAGUUCAAUGACUGUUCCGAACACGCCCGCUGUUUCAACCUUCGCGGAACUUACACUUGCAGUUGUUUAGAAGGUUUUGCGGACCUCAGUGUCAACACUCUAUACCCUGGGAGGAUAUGUUCUUCUGACGCAAUAGGCUGUGCAGGCUGCAACUAUCAUGGCACGUGCUUCGAUCGUGAGAACGCGAUGAUUUGCGAAUGUUUCAAGUGGUACGCGGGACGAACUUGCCAGGUCAAUUUGAAAGCUGUUUUGAUAACAGUCACCGUGGUAGGGGCGCUGGUCAUCAUAGUGGUGACCAUCUGGGCGUCGAAGAGAUGCUGCAGUCAGAAGAAUCCCACGAAUCAAACGUUUGUUAUAGGUUGCAUGCAAGGAAUGCCAAGUUUACAUCAGGGUAACGUACCAUCAAAGCAGAGAGCUGACAGACGAGCAUUAAUUGCUGAAAGAAAUGAAACAGCAGAGACAUGUAGCGUGCAAAAUGCUUCACUACCUUACGCGCCGUCAAAAUCUCGGUCGCGAUCACACAGCAAGCAGGCGCCGGAGCCUCCUCCUCACUCCCCACCUCCGCCGCCCGCCCUAAUGAUACCACGUGCAAGACUACAUCCACUACAUGACAGUCGCGAUAAUUUGUCACGUAGGAAGAGUAGCGAAGUGUGUAACGAAGCUAAACUUAUCAGUUACUUGGAAUCGGGAGCGACAAACACUCAAGAGAUGCGGAGAAAACACAGCAUUGAAUCAUCGUACAGUGUAAAUAAAGAGAGAGCUAAUAAACAAGGUGCACUUGUAUCGGCUGGUUAUAAAGUUUCAACGACCAUUCGUCCAGACGAGAACUCAGUCAAAUGUGAAAGGGACGACACUUCGUCCAUCAACAAAAAUGAUUUAGAAGCAGAGCUGUCACGCUUCGACACACUUCGCAAGUCUUAUAGUCAAGAAGAUAUGUCAGAAUGGACGGAUGCUGAACGUCGUAUUGGGGAGUUGACUUUAUCUGAAGCUAGAUCGGUCGGGGGAACUCUUCCAGCGAGCACUGGCAGAGCUGCUUCAUCAACCAGGCUGACGCAUCAGGAAGCCAACACCAUGGCGGAACGAGACUUAGGCUCCACUUUUCUCCUGCCGCACGUGCACCUCUAUAAACCAGACCUUACCAGUGACGUGUCCGAGUUCGACUCCCUGUGAAGACUGUCAAUGAAAAGCGAGAUGUCACCUAAUUUUAAAUAAAUUCGACAAAAACAUUAGGAAGUUACCAAAAUUUUUUUUUAACAACGAUUCCAGUGACAUUUGAGCUUUUAUAUGUAUAGGUUAUUUAUUUUUAAAUUAUUAAUACAUUUAAUAAAUAGACAAUUUAUUAUUUUUUUACAUCAUGUGUUAUUUACACGUUAGGUCAAGAGAGGCUUAUUGCAAAAUAUUUUCUUUCCUAUCAGUAUUGAGAUAUUUUUGUAUUUUUAUAGAAAAAUAUUAAAAAUUCCUAACUUAUAUUUUAUGUUCGCAAUAAAAAAAAACCCAAUUUUGUCAAUAUAAAAUGCCAUAAUAUGUCUAAGCGUUCAAAAUAGAUUUAAGUCACGAAAAUUAUUUGAAUGGGAAAUCUGCUUAUACACAAUACUAUUAAUAAAUAAUUUAUUUGAUUUCCCCUUUGAAGAUUUUUCGUAUUAUACUCUUUGGUUAUUUUAUUGUGCAAAAAAAAAAUGUGCCAAUAAUCAACAGACCGAAUACAGCAUUUUAAAAAGCUGUGUACAAGUUAGAAACCCUGUCAUGAUACAUAAUUGUAUUAUUCUUAAAUUAUUUCUUUAUUUAUAUGAAAAUUAUAAUUUAUUAUUCUUUUUCUAUUUCUAAAUAAAAUGUUAUUAAAUUAAAA